AUGAAAAGCACGUACUGCAUCAUUGCCCAUUGCUACUGUGACUUUCCUGACCUCGUCAUUAGACAAGCUAGACACGUAGACUUUCUACCGAUAGUGUAUUCCGGACAGACAGACCGUCUACCAAUAGUGAAUUCCGGUUGUCCAGUCCCGCACCAGCAAUGUGAAGCGAACGCCCGCUUCAGGACGUUAGACGGCUCUUGCAACAAUCUGGCAAAUCCGAAUUUAGGGAAAUCCUUUACUGCACAGACAAGAAUUGUACCGAAUGCCUAUUCCGAUGGAUUGGGAUCGCCGCGCAGUCAUGGCUGCGACAAUGUGCCGCUUCCGGGUCCCAGGGAAGUCAGUAACAUGAUGCACGCCGCCGACACCGAAAUGCUGUUCGAGCAACAUUUAACAGGGAUGGUUAUGCAAGUUGGACAGUUCCUCGCUCACGAUCUCAUCCUUACGGAAAUGUUCAAACGACCCAACCAAGAUCCCUUGAAAUGUUGUGAUGCAGACAUCAGCAAUGUGAACUGUUUCAACAUCCGUCUUCCCGCAAACGAUCCGUUCUUCAUGGCAAACGGCUGCAUGCCCUUGCCAAGGUCAAUUGCGGAAAACGACUGCAAUAAUGUUCGUCAGCAGAUAAAUAGUCAGACCAGUUACUUGGACCUCUCUGUCAAUUACGGCAGAACUCUGGCGGAGUCGAACAUUCUACGGUCAUUCAGUGGAGGCGACGCCCGGGUUAACGAACAGCCAGGCCUUGCCUCCAUGCAUAACCUGUGGUUUCUGGAACACAACCGCAUUGCGCGAGGGUUGGCAAGAGUCAACCCCCAGUGGAACGAUGAGAGACUGUUCCAGGAGGCCAGAAAGAUAACAAUUGCAGAGUGGCAGAAUAUUGUUUAUGGGGAGUACAUCCCAAUUUUGCUUGGCCCAGAUACGAUGAAAAAAUUUAAGCUGUCGUUACAUGAUCGCAGUUACAGGGAUACAUACAAUCCGUCUGUGGAUGCAAGCAUAAUCAACGGGUUCGGAGUAGCCGUCAUGAGAUACGGUCACACUCUGAUACACCGUAACAUCUCAAUGGUCGACACCAAUAUGGGAAGCAUGAUGACGCCGGACGACCUGUCCAACCACUUUUUUAAGGUUGGAUUGUACCACUCUCACGACGACAAAGGCUACAAACACAUGCUGAGGUGGAUCUCGACUGAAAGAUUACCACUUUUUGACGGAAAGGUCGAGCAAUCUGUUCAACGAUUUUUGUUCAAAGAUAGACAGGCGGACUCGUUUGACCUUGUAGCUCUAAACAUACAAAGAUCACGUGAGCAUGGCGUACCCGGUUAUAAUGCGUAUCGUGCAGUAUGCGGCCUCAAGAUUGCCUCACAUUUUGGAGCGGGUCCGGGUGGCCUCGUGGAUCAUGACCCAAAAGUGGCCGACAGAUUGUCGCGCGUGUAUCGAUGUCCCGGUGACAUAGACUUGUUUACUGGGUAUCUAACAGAACGCCGCACUCGCGGUGGUCUGUUAGGUCCUCUUGGCCAAUGCUUAAUGGGAAUGCAGUUCAAACGUCUGAGGGAUGGAGACAGGUUCUUCUUUGAGCGGAAUGAUCCUCUUGUUGGAUUUACAAGGGAACAAUUAGCCAACAUCAAACAGAUACGAAUGUCAAACAUCAUGUGUGAGAACAACGAGAAUACCGUCAUACAGCCCCGGGUGUUCUUCAGACCUACUGUACGCAGAGGCCCGAACCCGAUGGUUAGCUGUAGCCGUCUGCCCAAACUGAAUCUCGACUUGUGGAGGGAAUAGCUAAUUGUUGACCGCAGCGAUUCCAGCUGUCGCAUAUUUUAUUUGAGUUAUUAGAAAACCUGCCACUAUCACAUUAUAGAAUUAUAAAAUAAAUUAUUGUUUUAUUGCGGUAAAAUUGAUCAUUUAUUUCCAUUUCUUCGUAUAAAUAGAAAAUCCUUAACACAACUUGUUCGAUGAAAAACUUAUUAAAUAAAAGGUUCUUCCGAAUUCUGUAGUUGUUACCGGAACGAUAAUAAA